AUGUUGUAUUGGGGAUAUGAGAAGGAUGGGCUUAUAAUAAAUGAUCUCUACCGUUUGAUUAGGAAAAUCGGUUGCGGUUCUUUUGGUGUUAUAUACUUGGGGGUGAAUCAGAAAAGCGGGGAGGAAGUUGCUGUGAAAGUCGAGAGGAAUUCAGCGCGCCAUCGCCAACUGGUAUAUGAAAGCAAAAUAUAUCGCAUUCUUAAUGGCGGCAUAGGCAUUCCUCGGUUAAGGUGGUGCGGAAGUCAAUACGAUCACUACUUUUUGGUGAUGGAUUUGCUGGGACCAAGUCUUGAGGACUUGUUUUUGUUUUGCAAUAGACGUUUCACUAAUAAGACUGUGCUUAUGCUUGCUGACCAGAUGUUGUCGCGUGUUGAAUUUCUCCACCGACGGUGUUUUGUGCAUAGAGAUAUUAAACCCGAUAAUUUUCUCAUGGGGAUUGGUCGUCAUUGCAACAAGCUUUAUAUAAUCGAUUACGGUUUAGCAAAGCGCUAUUGCUCCUGGAACAAAGGACGGCACAUUGAGUACAGAGACGAUAAGAACCUCACGGGAACCGCAAGAUAUGCCAGCAUUAACGCGCAUCUUGGAAUAGAACAAUCACGAAGGGACGACUUGGAGUCCCUCGGUUAUGUACUUAUGUAUUUUAACCGUGGAAGCCUACCAUGGCAAGGUCUGAGGGGGAACACAAAACGCCAGAAGUAUGAAAGGAUAAGUGAGAAGAAGAUUUCAACACCGGUGGAAACGCUGUGCAAAGGCUUUCCAGCUGAAUUUGCCAUGUACCUGAAUUACUGUCGUAGCCUUAAGUUUGAUGAGGCCCCGGAUUACCUGUACCUCCGCCAACUCUUCCGUAUUCUCUUUCGGACUCUCGGACACAAAUUCGACUUCCUUUUCGAUUGGACAUUAUUGAAAAGGCAUACCGAGAAGCCAGGGGCCUCGACUGCCGGUGGAGCUGUUGCCGGUCCCGCAGAAAAUCCCAUUGAGCCCCCCAAGGCAUCCCAGACCAAUGAGGCAAUGACUGCGAACCCCAUCGAGUCCAAGUCCGCUCAAGCCGAUGACCUAACAGGUGUGCCUUCUGGUAAUAAUACGCCUCCCGUUGAGAAUAACGCCCUACUCGCUGAUCUGAUCGAUAAAGCUAUCAAGUCGUAUAUGGACAGUUUGAGGGCUUGA